UCGGUUAUAUGAUUAUGUACCCAUUAAAAGGAAAAUUAUUGAUUCAAAGAUGGCAUCUUCAAACUAUCAUUUGAUGCGAAAUUUUAUUUCAGUAAUGAGAUCUCUCGGUUAUCCUCGACAAAUGUCAAUUGAAAAUUUUCGAAAUCCAAAUUUUCCAUUAAUGGCAGAUGUUCUCGUUUAUCUUCUGAAACGUUUUGAUCCGAAAACUGAAAUCGAAACGAACGUCGAAACGGAGGAAGGACGGUUAAAAUUCGUAAUGACAGCAUCACAUUUGAUGGUAAACAAAGCAAAUUUGGAUAUCAAUGUCAAAAAAUUGUAUAUGGCCGAUGUGAAUUCCGUUCAGGAGAUGAUAAAAUUGGCCAAAUUGAUUCAAGAAGCAUGGAUUACACUUGAUCAAGAUUAUCGAAAACAAGGCCGAAAAGAUGUAAUCAAUGAAGAGGAUGAGAAUGAUUCUGAUGAAUCGAAACAAUCAUUGAUCGUUCGUAAUGGUGAAGAAUUUGAUCGGACAAAACUUUCACAAUAUAACAGCUUCAAAACCAGCCAGAUAACAUCGGAAAUAUAUCAAGUGGCAACCAAACUUUACGAUACAAUCGCUGAACAUGAUCAGAAUAAAGAUCAACUACAGAAAACGCUUGGCAAACAAUUGGUUAUCGAUCAAAUUGAAUCCCAAAUACGGCAAAGUAUUCGACAAUUGCAACAAGAUAUUGUCGAUAUGCAACAAAGAAAACAAAAUGUCGAUCGAGAUAAUGAUGAUAUCAAUGGAAAAAUUGAAAAGAAACAAAGCGAAUUGAAUCGUAAUAAGAAACGGUUACAAACAUUACAUGCACAAAGGCCAGGAUAUCAGGAUGAAUUGGAAAAAAUUGAACAAGAAAUCGUUGGAUUAUAUGAUGAUUAUGUCACAAGUAGUAGAUGUUUGUAUUUCCUGGAACAGAAACUUGAAGAAUUCGAAGAACUUGAACGGCUAAAAAUUGAAGAAAGAAACAAGGAAAUUAAACAAAUGCUUGAACAGAUUAAAAUCGAUGAUUUUUUAAAAACCAAUAAAGAUAUGCGUAUAAAUUCAUGGAACCAACAAAAUAUUGGCACGGAUGAACGUUCUGCCGAUGAAUUGGCUGCAAUUGUCGACGUGGAUGAAGAUGCUAUGGGACGUGUAUCGGACGGAAGUGAUUUCAGUGACAGAGAUAUCAAUGAAAUACCUAAAAAUGAUAAUCAUAAAUCUCGACGGAAUGGACGUCAAAAAGCCAACAAAUUGAGUCGGACGAAUGAUAAAAAAGAUAGAUUAUUAAUGGCAAACACUGUUGUCAAAAGCCAACGUUCACCUGUCAGUAUAUCGAAUGAUAAUACAUUGGAUACAUCGAAUAAUCGAAGCGCCAAAACAGCUCGAAUUUUUUCAUAUGGAUCAUUGUUAGAAAAUGAUGAUGACGAUGACGACGACGAUGAUGAUGAUUCAGAACGUUCAGAAACGAAUGCGAAAAUGUCUGAUUCGGAAAUUGAUUUGGAUGCAAUCGAUAGCGAAGAUGAUGAUGAAGAUUCGAUAAAUUCAACUGAAGUGGAUUUUACUAAAUCGAAUGAAACGACAAAAAUUGCCACCAAUUCUGAGAUAAAAAUUUCUGCAUCUAAUCUUGAUAAAGGAGAUGAUGAUUUUUAGAUUGAAAAUUUGCAUAAAUAAUGCAGCUUUCAUGAAUUCGAUACGAUUAAUUUAAUAAUAAUAAUCAUUGAAAUAAAAUCAAUUAAUCAAUUGCCUUUUGUUAAUUCUAUUUUGGAAUAU